AUGGCUGAGGAAGAACCCAAGACCUACCGUGGCAACUGCCACUGUGCCGCCUUUGUCUUCGAGGCCAAACUCCCAGAGAUAAAAAAGCUCCAGGGCUGCAACUGCAGCUACUGCCACAAGGACGCCUUCCUGUACGCUCGACUCAAAGGCCAAGAGGAUCUCGUCUUUGAAAAGGGCAAGCUCGAAGACCUGGUUUCGUACCAAUUCGGCCCAAAGGGCAUCGACCACAUGUUCUGUGGCAAGUGCGGGACCACCAUCGUCGUCAAAGGGCAUGCUCGAUCCUUCCAGCACGGCCAAUUGCCUAACCUCUGGGAUAUGGAGCUUGACCACUUCGACGGCGCUAGUUUCGGGAGCAAGUACGAGAUCCCCGAGUUCGAAGGGCCGAAACCAGAAGGCGAGGGCGAGGGCAUCAAGUUCUACACCGGCAGUUGCCAUUGCGGUGCUGUGCGUGUUGGUAUCAACACGUUUCCUCUCGACAAGACUUAUAACAAGUUCAUGACGGAAUGCAACUGCAGUUUUGACAACAGGGCCGGCUGCGCAUGGAUCUACCCUUCGGCGAAAAGGGUGUCGAUCCAGGGCGAGGAGAAUGUGACAGUUUACCGCUUCAACCUUGGAGUCUGGGGCAAGGCAUUCUGCAAGACCUGCGGCAUCUACCUCUAUGGCAAGUAUCACUCGCCUCCCGAGGCCGCGAUUGCCAACUUGUCUGAAGAGGGCAAGAAGUGGGUACUGGGCGGUGCUCACCUCCGGCCGCUCAACAUCAGGAUUCUCAAUGGUGUCGACCUCAAGGAGCUCAAGCUGUCUCACAGUGACGGAUACACCAACAUCCCGCCGGGAUACACCGAGCCAUGA